CUUCGCGCGGGGAGCGGGAAAGCGUGAAAAUGGCGGAAACUGAGAACAUCAAGGAAAGACUCCGGAGGUCCAAUUCAAACACACCACAACCAGAUCAGGCCUUGUCCUCAUCAAAAAAGAAACGUAACAGAUAUCAAAAGCAUGUGGAAUCUGAAUUUGCCUCAAAGCAAGUGGAACUCCCACAAAGAAGGAGCCUCCGUAACCAGAGCAGUGGCAGUCAAAGUGCUGGUCAAUUUACUGAUGCCAGCCUCACCUCUCCAAGAAAUGAUGGUGGGAACUCAAGCCUUCAAGCUGCUGUCAAGGAAUCCCAUACCAACCUCGCAGAAGGACCCAAAAUCAAUCAGGUGAUAUCACCAAAAACACUGCUCAAGAAAAGCCCCCAGUCACGAUCAAGAUCCUGGCGACGCUCCAGCUUUAAAGGUGGUAAAGGGCGAAAAUCUCUGCCACCAAUUCGACGAGAUGUUACAGAAAUCUGCGAAGAUAUCAGCUUGGAUUUACCUGGGGAAGAAAGGCUUGCAGAGCUGUUUCGUCUAAGUCUUGAGUAUACUCUGCAGAAGUUACAGCACUCCUUGGAACCACAAGAAGCCUUUCAGAUAGAUGUUAUAUCUUCAGCCUCGGCUAUUUCCAAUGAUGUUAAACGAGUCAUAGAGACAAUGAAAUUGGAUGGGACACUGAAGAAAUGCACAGAGGAACCAGAAGAUGUUCCUCCCACACCAGGAACAAAAAAGUUGAUGAAUCAGCUGAAGGAUGACAUAUCCAGAUUGAAUACUGAGUGUAAAGCUUGGAACCAACUGUUGGAAGUCUACCAGCAAAACGCAGACCAAGCAACCAGUGAGUUGGAACAAGCAAAAGUGAAUGGAGUGAGAUCGGAACUAACUCAUAUGAUGGAACAUUCACAGGUGGAUGUGAUCAGAAGCAAACCAGAUUAUCAGUCCAUUCUGAAUGAGGAUAUUCAGACUCUUCAGAGCCUGGAGUGCAUUACGGACCAGCUGCAGCAAACCAUGAGCCUAAUUACCACAGCCAGAAAGGAAUGGAGUUCGUGCCUGCAGCACAUAUCCCAAGAACUGGCAUCCCAAGCAUUUGAAGGGUUGGAAGAGUGCCCACUUCAGAAAUUUCUGAUGACCAUGAAGAGUAAAGGAAGUAAAUGAGGUAGUCCUCAACAAAUUAAAUGAAAACCACCUCAAAGCCUCCAAAGUCCUGAGACUCUGACUAAAACAUGUGAUUGGUCUUGAUUUAUGCUCAGGAUUUUACCCUGAAGCUAAUGUUUUCUGCUCAGGUUAACAGGUCUGGUACACUUUCCCCACCAAGGUCCCUCGGGUUAAGGCUGUUGAGGAAUGUGGUCCCUUUUCUAACGUCUAGGCUGUGGCUCUCUAGUGGGGGGUGGUAAAUUUGGUGGCAGAGAAAGGAAGCAGUGGUGUGGAUGUACUGGAACACUGAGUGGAUUUCACUGCUGGCCAGCUCACAUGAAGAAUGGUCAUGGAAGAACAGCUGAGACCCAACAUCUUCAAAGCAGAAGCAGAUCUGAAGGAAUGAUUUAUACUGGCAUAAUUUAAAAACAAAAAUGAAAUCUGAGCAUUGUGUACCUGCACCUUUUAACAAAUAUUCUUAUUUUUUAAUACAAUACAAUUGUUACAUAUCUGAUGUGUAGGAUGCGAUAUUCACAGCUGUUCCGGUCUUGUUGCUGUAUAUUAGACUGAUGAAGUGAACGGGCAGUGUCUUGAACCAGCAUUUUUGGUUGUGCUUUCUGAAAGCACUAUCAAUCAGAUUAAUAUUUGAGUCACUCCCAGCUGUCAGUAUUGAUACAUGUACACAAUGUCAGUGAGGAACAAAUGGAUUGGGCAUCUCCAAGAUCAGACGUCACCUUUCUUAUCCAUAACUGUUAGUGAGAAAUCACUUUAAAGGCUAUCCUUAGCUGACUAAAAUAUUUGUAGAUUUAUUCUGGAUUACCUGUACUGAACUAUUAUAGUCCAGAAGAGAAACCUGUCUUUACAUCAAAAGCUCUAGUUUAAGAACUCAAACGUUUCCAUAUCCAAACAAUUUGUCACAAUUUAGAUCCAUGGGGGGAUAUAGCCCAGAAAUGACCUCUUCAGUUCAGAGUCCACACUGCCCAUCAACCACUCAUUUACACUAAUCCUACAUUACAUCCUGCUUUCUUUCAGUCUACCUUCAUUUUCUCCCCCCCCCCACCCCCUCCACAGAUUCUACUGGUUACCUGCACCCUAGGGGCAGUUCACAGUAAAUUAACCUACCCACCUGCAUGUGUCCAGGACAUGGGAUAUGGAUGAAAACUAGAGCAGCCAGAGGAGUUCCAAGGUCACAGCUGAAUUUCAUGUAGGAAAGAUAAAUCUGCCCAAACAACAAGAUGCUGGAUGGGAUGGGAGGCAAUUCUGGGAGAUAUGGGACCCAGAAACCUUUCAUCUGUGAAUUUUUUUCAGACAGGAGUUGUGGUUUAUACAAAUAGUGACCACAAGCAAGAAAAGGACAUUUAAAUACAUCAAAUUUCAAUGUUAUUGCAUUUUCAGGCACUAGAACCACAUCUAUUCCUUAAUGACUAAAAUAUUUUGAUACGUAGUCUGUAAAUUAACAUUAUAAGUUGUUUAUUAAAAGCUUUUGUACUGAU